UCGAUAAAUAUAACAAUCGAGUCAAGAUCGCACGCCGGAGCGCUCACUCUCAACCUUCAUAGGUUCGAGAUCACGUCUCCGGCGAUCAUCGGAGAAGUGGAGACCUCGCGUGAUGAUGAGGAAGAGAGGGGAGGAGAAGGAGGCGAGCUCGCGGGGUUUGAGGCUGGGGAAGUACGAGCUUGGGAAGACACUGGGCGAGGGGAACUUCGGCAAGGUGAAGUACGCCCGUUGUGUUAACACCGGACGGAAUUUCGCCGUCAAGAUCCUCGAUGUCCGCCUCAUCCUCUCCCUCAAGAUCGCCGAUCAGAUCAAGCGCGAGAUUGGGAGUUUGAAGCUUCUGCGGCAUCCCAACAUCGUCCGACUCCACGAGGUGAGGAUUCCUCACGGUUUCUCUGGAGUUUUUCAGGUUUUGGCAAGUAAAAAGAAGAUCUGCAUGGUCCUUGAGUAUGUGAAUGGAGGCGAUUUAUUGAAGAAAAUUGAUUUGAAGGGUAAAUUUUCGGAGAAUGAAGGUAGGAAGAUUUUUCAGCAGUUGAUUGAUGCUGUGAGUUACUGUCAUGAUAGUGGAGUUCUCCAUAGAGACUUGAAGGCGGAAAACAUUCUCCUUGAUUCAAAAGGCAACAUAAAGUUAUCUGAUUUUGGUCUCAGUGCAUUACAUGAACAUGCUGGGAAUGAUGGAUUACUGCGUACAACUUGUGGAAGUCCGUGCUAUGUUGCACCUGAGAUUCUUGCCAACAGGGGGUAUGAUGGGGCCAUUUCAGAUAUCUGGUCUUGUGGUGUCAUCCUGUAUUUCAUUCUUACUGGAAAACUUCCAUUUAAUGAUAGAAAUCUUGCGGUUCUUUACCAGAAGAUAUUCAAGGCAGACACUGAGAUUCCAGAGUACCUUUCUCCUGGUGCUCAAAACAUCAUAAGAAAGAUUCUUGAUCCAAAUCCUACUACACGAAUUAAUGUAGCUAUGAUCAAAGAAGAUGAGUGGUUCAGGCAAGAUUAUAUUCCCGUUAUUCCCGUUGAUGAUGAAGAUGAAGAUUUGAGCAUCAUUCAUGUAUCCCCCAUCAAAGAUCAGGUGAAGUCCUUUGAAGGAGAUGAAAAAGGAAUCAAGUCCACCUGCAUAAAUGCGUUUCACCUGAUUGGAAUGUCUUCUUGUUUUGAUCUUUCUGGAUUAUUUGAAGAAGAGGUUAUUUCUGACAGGAAGAUUACUUUCAUAUCCAAAUUUUCUCCAAAAGAUAUAUAUGAAAAGAUCGAGGAUAUGGUUCAAGAAAUGGGCUUGCAAGUCCACAAGAGCCAGGGCAAGCUGAAAUUCAUGCAACAAAGCAAAGGUUCAUCAAGCCCAAGAAGUCCCGGAUCUCUCUCAGUAACUACAGAGGUGUUUGACCUCGGUCAAUCUCUGUACAUUUUGGUGCUUACAAAGUCAUUUGGGAACCCUUCAUUGUUUAGACAGCUGUGUACAAAGCUAACAGAGAUCUUAGAAACUAGAGAAAGGCAUUAGUUCUCACUGCGCGCCAGAACUCAAUAAAUUUCAACCUUUGAUGUAAAUAGUGCACCUAACUUAAACUUGUACAUAUAAUUUUGAUUUUUUUUAUUUGUUUUAAAAUGUUGUUCAUAAAUAAAAAGUAAUAUGUACCUGCUCCAAAAUGAAAGUAAAUAGUUCAAUAG